UAAGUGAAUAGAGUAAUAUUUUUUACUUUCGGUCUGAGGUUUCUCUGAAUCCAAUUCGAAAGCAAAAGUAAAUGGUUGAACACGAAGAUUGAUUACGACUGAGAAAUACAAGGUGGGAUGGAGUGGAAUCUUCGGAAGAAUUAUGAAUUCUGUUUGGACCCAUAUGAUGAAGAAGGCGAGACAGCUAAAGGAUCAGAUUAUCUAGAGGAAUCGUCACGAAAUGAAUGUGAAAGAAUGAAAGAAAGGAGACAAGCACAAACACCUGUAAAGAAAAAAAUGUGGAUGCUGGUAUUCGAUGUGGAGGAAAAUAAACACAGGCGCCCAAUCCUUUUGAAAAAGGUACUGGACAAGUCAGGACAUAAUGGAGUGAAAGCUAAUCUAAAGAAACAUGAUAAGGUCCUAUAUGAUGCUGGAGGCAAGCUGCAGGAAGCCUUUAUAGUUAGUCAGUCAGAUAAUAAAGAGGAACUUGAUAAGAAGUAUGAAAAGAUGGUGGCGUUGAUGAAACAAGUCCAAGAAGAGAGUAGCGGCAAUUUAUGGCAUUACACCAAGGUGAUAGGUGGGGGUGUGUUGGCUGGUGGCCUUGCGGUAGCAGCGGCACCUCUUGCCUUGUCUGCGGCAGGUUUCACCGCUGGUGGUAUUGCGGCAGGAUCAUUUGCUUCACAGUUGAUGUCUUGGGCAGCCAUUGCUAAUGGUGGUGGUGUGGCAGCCGGGGGGUUGGUUGCAACUUUACAAUCUGCAGGGGCUGCUGGGAUAGGGUUUUUCUCAAACUUAGUGAUUGGUUCUGCAGCAGGAACAGCAGGGAGUGCCCUAGCCCAUACACUCAGCGAAAAACCAGGAUCAACAGAAGGGGCUGAGAACCAGUGUAAAAUCUGCUUGGACGGUAAAAUGGACACUGUGUUUGAGCCCUGUGGUCACCUGUUUACCUGCAGCUCCUGUGCAAAGAAGUUACGAAUUGUCGACAAGCCUGAGUGCACAUGUUUAUUCCAACCCGGAUCUGUCCUCGGGCGCCAAAAAGCAGCCUGCUGGAUUUUAGUGUAUUUUCCUGCAGAGGAUGCUGUUGGCCAUCCCAUUCUCCUACAGGAAGUGGAGACCCUGAUGGGUGAUACAGGGGACCAGGCAGGCCUGGGGGAGGGGGACACCUGUCUGGCUCCCUUCUUUGUGGGGGACGGGUUACACACUGCCAGGAUUAUCAAGUGUUCAGAGGAGAGAAUUGAGCUGCUCCAGGAAUAUGGCAAGAUUCUGAAUUUAAGGAAAACAUCAGCGGGUGACUUCCUGUCCAAAAUAGGAAGAGAGAACACUGGAGAACAUUGCAAAACAGAGAUCUCGCAUAAACACGUAUCCAAGUGGCGUUAUGUCAAUUAUCUUGGUGGCGGUAUAGCCCUUGGUGGAUUAACUGCGGCAGCAGCUCCAGUGGUGUUGACGGCAGGUGGUGGGGCAUUGGUGGCAGCCACUGUAGCCACCAAGGUGGUGCCAAUCCUAGCACUAGUCGGAGUGGGAAGUAUGGCCGCAAAAGACGUUAUGGUGGAAGAAGAAGAUUUUGACAAAGAAGAUAAAAGUCCGACUAAAGCUGCAGGGACAAGCUGUAAGGAUUCUGACACAGUAACCACGGGGUCGGAUAAUUCAUCGAUGUUCUCCACGACUGGGCUGAGUUCUGCGGUACAAGGAGUCUUUAGCUGGUUCUCAGGGAGCGCUCACAAUCAGGGUAAAUUUAGUUUACUAUAA